UGUGAGGAAGGAAGCAGUAGGCCUGGACUCCAAAACAAGAACGGUUUGAUUGAGCGAACAGUGAGCAGCAGGACACAGUACAGUACUCCGAAGUGAUGAGAACGAAUUGACCGAGAGACUAGACGACCUUUUAAAAACUCUAGUGACAACAGUUCUGCUAAGAUCAUGCUGUAGGCAGUUCAGUAAAAAGUUGUCUUGGAACUUGGUGCAGUGUGGAGUGCGAUUGUGAAAGCUUGCACAGUUUGCCAAAUCAUCCUUCACACUGGCUACACUAUUGGAUAAUCGUUACUUGAGCUCUGAAGAUGAAGCUUUCGUUGAUGAUCUGUUGACUGACAUAUCUGUUUUCCAUGAAAAGGAAGAUUCAUAUCGCGUUCUGAUCUUCCCGGCCUUUAGCAGCUACCACAGACUGCUCACUCAUAAAACUGUUGAGAACGAUUUCAAGAGGCUCAUCACAUUUUCUGUUGGGAUUGGAGACACACGGAGAACUGUUGUUGCUUUCAAAGAAGCUUGUGAGCGGGGUCCCAGAGGCAUGGACUUGCUGAACUCAUCAGGGCCCAACUCUCGUGGCCGAGGUCGAGGGCGGGGCCGCAAAGAUAUGACCCCUGGGGAACGGGUGGCCAACUGGGUAAAUGAACGAGAAGCUCGCCGAUUGAAUAAAGAACGAUGGAGUGGCCGUUCUGGGAAUAACAGUAGAGCUCAGUCAGAUAUGACUGAUGCCGGGGAGGCUUCUUUGAAUUCUGCUCCAGAUGCCACAGAACAAGAGAUCAGUGGUGACAGGUCAAAACAGAAGAAGCAUGGAGUGGCACUAUAUGUUCCACCUUCACUUCGGAGGAAAAACGUGUCUACAUCAGAAUCUCCCAGUUGUGCAGAAAGUCCCGACAACAGCUCCUCUUCUGCUCAGCAAACAUCUUGUCAUGCAGAUUCUCAUUUACCGCAAGCCUCGUCUGAUGCUGCUGUUAGUAGACUCUCUGGUAUGGAGCAGCCCGUGGAAAGUGUUGAUGACUGUAAACAAAGGGCGAGGUCUGAUAAAAUUGAAAACAGCGGUGAUGCUCAACCUGCAUCAGUCAAGCAACGGGGAAGAGGAAGGGGUAAGAAGAAACCUGAGAUGGAGAUCUAUGUUCCUAGGGCACUGAGAGAGGCUAAGCGAACCCCUAAACCUGGAAAACCGUCCAGCUGGGAAAGUAACAGUCUCAAAGUUGAACAACAUAUUACUGGCCAGUUCUCUACUCCUGAAGAGGUUGUUGACAAUACUGUCUGUGAAGACUCCAAUACCUCACUACCCGCAGAUCCUUUCACAAUGGUCGCAGACAAUCGUGAUGAUGCUCCAGAAAGCUGCCUUCAAAUUCCUGACACUGGUCCAGGAGAUAAGUGCGAUGAAAGUGGUGUAGACAGCUGCAACACGUCGGUGGAUUCAUGUGGAGAUAGUUCAUCAUCGAAAAAGUGGAAGCAGGACACAGAGAGUGAGGGCAACUCCGAAAUGGUUCAGGGAGUGCCAAGUUCAUCCUUGUCUGUGGACACAACUAGUAAUUUGACUUUUGAGUUUUAUGAUCCAGCAGUCAUUGCCUUUAUGCCAUCUCCUGUGAGAGUGGAGGAACCCUUCGACUAUGGCAGUGCUGCUUGUGCUUCCGUCACUGAUGAUUCUGCUGUUUUCAGUUCACGGUCUGUGGAAACUCAUGUGGAGCCAAAUCCAAAAGAAACUGUUUGUGAGGUGGAAGUUAAAGAAAAACUUUUGCUUGAAGAAUCCAAAGUGCCAAUGGAAACAGACCUUGUCUGUAUUAGUAAUCCUACGCAGUCCUUUCCUGAUUCUGAUGGAACUGAGAACAUAUCAACUGGUGCUGGAAAUGUUGGUCAGGCCGUUGUUGAAUCGGAAGUGACCAAAGACAGUGCCUCUACAUCGGAGGGGAAUAUUGAUGGGAAUGUGUCUCAUGUUAGUGUCCCAGAGUCAGUUGGUGGAACGGAUUGUGAACUCACGAGAACAGGAACAAGUCAAAUUUGUGCUGGUCACGAAUCUAAUCAGACCCCCUCAGAACCCAUCAGCAAUUCCCCAGUGCCAAUAUCUGACAAUCAAGCUAUCGAAAGUGCACCUUCAAACCCCUCACCUGUUCACCCGCCUCGCACAGAAACAAGCCCUGAGCAGGGUAAAUCUAGUCCAGAGACACGUCCCCGUUCUCCUGAAGGGGACAAAAGUGAUCAAGAUGACGAUGAAGACUCCUGGGACACACUGUUUGAUGACAAUGGUGACUGUGUGGAUGAGUCAGCAGUGAAGGAACUCACGGAGUUUGUUGGCAAGGUAGAAAUCGACAAACCCAAGAUAAAUUAUUUGAAGUAUCAGCCAAAGGAACCAGAAUUGGACUGUGAUGCUUAUAGUCAUAUAUUGGAAAUCUAUGACUUUCCACCUGAACUGGCUACAUGUGAUCUCAUAGGGGCGUUUAGUGAAUUUUCGGCAAGAGGAUUUGAUGUGAAAUGGGUUGAUGACACACGUGCUUUAGGUGUCUUUUCAAGUGCUGUUGCAGCCAAAGAAGCCUUGCAAAUGAUGCAUCCCCUCCUGAAAGUGCGGCCCAUGUCACAAGCUUCGAAAAAAGGACAAAGUAAAGCAAAACAUUGUCAGGAGUUUCUUCAGCCAUACAAAGCCCGUCCAGAGACAACAUCUUUGGCAGCUCGGCGCUUGGUGGCUGGGGCUCUUGGCAUGGCUCCUCGUGUGUCCAAGGAAGUCAGGGAUAAGGAGCGCCAGAAACUGAAAGAAGCUAAAGAAAAACGAAGACAAGAAAGACAGCAAAAGAAUGACAUCUGGGAUGGUUCCUUUGGAAAAUGUGCCAUGGACGACUGACACUGAAGUCAUUUAUGGAUUAUUUGAGACUGAAAGGCUGUUGAAAGUAGUUUUGUUCAUGUUGUGGACUUGUUCUGUGCAUUUACAUUAUCUUCGUAAAUGAAAUGAAAUGUUCUGAAAUUUUACUCAUCACGAUUAUUUGAGACUGAAAGGCUGUUGAAAGUAGUUUUGUUCAUGUUUUGGACUUGUUCUGCGCAUUUACAUUAUCUUCGUAAAUGAAAUGAAAUGAAAUGUUCUGAAAUUUUACUCAUCACAUGCAUAGAAUAAUUUAUGAUUGCUUUUGUUUAUUGUGAUAUGAAGUACUUUGUGGCAUUACUUUGGUCAGUAGAAACAUGCGGUGAAACUUUUCUGUUGUCUCUGAGCUUCAAACUAAAACUUUGAGUUAUUGACUUACAUAAAUGACAUAUAUCAAAUUUGGUCAUGCCCCUUUCUCAUUCAGAGUUUGAAUCCCUUGAUCUAGGUCUGCUUGUUGUAUUUAACUGAAACACCAAUCCCCCAAUCCAGUGUUGUUCCUUGCCAGUACAUAAUGGAGCCUUUUAACUGCUACCUCCUUUCCUCAAAUGCAGUCAAUGAUAUGAGGAAGCUGAAUUACUCAAGAAUGUCGGUAUAUAUGAUGUUCUUUCAAAUGUGAUCAAGACAUUGUUCUAAGUUUAAGCUUUCCCCGCCCCAUUAUUUCCAGGAACUUAUGAUGGUUUAGUAUCAAAUUGACCAAAACAAGUGUGAGAAAGAAUGAACAUGCUCAUGCAAAAUUUCGUUCUUGGGGGAAAGGGCAUAGGGCUCAGCAGUUUUGCCCUUCCAAAUUUACAAAAGCUAACGGUAUCACAUGAUACAAGUGAGAGUUUAUUUUACUUCUCCUCUCCAUUUGUUUUUUGUGAGAUGCUCUUUUGCCUCUGUUGUUUAAUGAGAAUGAGAGAAGGUUGAUUAGGUAUUGCUUUUUAACAGGUUUAUUUAGGGUUUUUUAUGUUUUGGGCAUUAAAGUUAAAAUUAAUGUUGAAGAUUUGAGAUGAGUUUGCUUGCACACUCUUUAUUUAUUUAAUUUUAAGUUGGUUUAAGAAAAAUCUAAUAGACAAAUAAAGAUUUGAACACCAAUUUUCA